UCCACACAAAUACCAAAACAAAGUCAAAAGAAAUCUCCCGAUACAAUCUUAACCUGUCAUAAUGACCGAUAAUCCAAAUCCAGGCAACUUUGCCAAUCGUCCCAAGGAGGAAGUUCAGGACAUUGCUAGCAAGGGUGGUCAUUCCAGCCAUCAUAGCGGUUUUGCUAGUAUGGACCCCGAUAAGCAACGUGAUAUUGCCUCGAAGGGCGGACAAGCAUCUGGCGGCUCUUUCGAACCUGGCAGCGAGAAGGCAAAAGAGGCAGGCAGAAAGGGAGGAUCGUCAACUGGCAGUUCUUAG